AUUGUUUCUCGUGCCCAACCCCAGUGAUGAGUCCGGAUGAUUGCAACACGACUUUGACAUGCGCAUUGGGAGAGGUCUGCAUGACUAAACAACUGAAGGCGAGUGACGGACAUAGCGAGUACAUCAUGACGUGUGAGCACAGAUCGAUUUGCGAUGGGUCCAACUUCGGGUUCGGCCCACAAGCCCUUCUUGGAAAGCGACAAGCAAUGUUUGACGAGGAAACAGAAAACGGCUUGGAAAUUCAUGCCAGACAAGACCGGAGCGUCUCAAUCGACUGUUGUUACACAGAUCUCUGUAAUAUGCCCAUUUCCAUGACGACCACAACUACAACGACGACGGAGAACCCAACUCUAGCACCAACCCCAAGAACAACCAAGAGGCCUGCUCCGAUAUCAAUACAUUCUACAAUGGGGCACAUUCCAACCACUUCAAUAUAUUCAAACUGUAACCGAGACGUUGCUUUUCUGGUGGAUUCUUCUGGAAGCGUUGGAUCUGCAAAUUUCAAUACAGCCUUAGGAUUUAUAAAAGGCGUCGUUGCGGGCUUGCCUAUUGGACCAAUGGGCACGUUAACAUCAUUGAUGACCUUCAGUACGACCCCAAAUAUAAACUGGUACUUCAACCAGCUGACAUCAAAACAGGAAACUACAAAUGCUCUGGCAAGCGUGUCCUAUCAUUCCGGUGGUACACGCACUGAUCUCGCUUUACAUAGUGCCAGUACACAACUAUUUACUCCCGAACACGGCGACAGAACGCAUGCAAAUAACGUCGUCAUUGUUUUGACAGAUGGAAAGUCCAAUAUGCCAAGCGAAACGGUAAAACAGGCCAAUGCUCUACACAUAAUUAGUCAUGAUGUCAUCACCGUCUUUGUUGGUACAGGACCUGAUAUGCACGAGUUGCAGACGAUCGCUACAGACCAACACCACGUUUUCACUGUGCACGAUUUCCAUCUCCUUUCGUCGUUACAAUAUCAGAUUCAUCAGCUGAUUUGCAGUGGUUGAUGAUCAACAUUGCUUCAAAUUGUAAAACAAUAAACUUAAUAUUCCUCAAUGUUGAAAGACUUGUUAUCAAACAAAAUAUCACUCUAUGAUAUCAAGGUCGAAUGUUUUUAGGCAUAUCUUGCUUCUAUUUCAUUGGCAUUUACGUCAAUUUGAGUAGCUUGCUGGUAUCAAGGAAAAAUUUGGUGCAUCAGA